UAAUGUUCAGACAUGGCGGCUGUUGACAGUUUUCAGUUGUUACUGAAGGAGAUAUUUAAAACUUGCUCUCAUUUAAGAGAUGCGUUUGCAAUUCUGGGCGCCUUGUAUACGGCACGGAAAGCCAUACGACUCACACGAUGUCUGCUCAGCGUCGUGAACGACCACGUGCUCAGUCAGCUCGGAGGACAGUGGGACCUUCGGAAGGAGUUCGGACCUUGGGCAGUGGUGACGGGUAGCAGUGAAGGAAUUGGACGUGCUUAUGCUCAGGAACUGGCCAGUCGGGGCCUCAACAUUGUCCUCAUCAGCAGGGGCGAGAAGAGACUAGAGAAGGCCGCGACAGAAAUAGGGGAGCAGUUUCAAGUGGAGACCUGCUACAUCGCCGUGGACUUCAACAAUACCACGGACACAUAUAAGAAAAUUGAAGAAGGAAUUAAAGAUAAAAAUAUCGGAAUAUUAGUAAAUAAUGUGGGUGUAAUGUACGACUUUCCUCAAUACUUCCUUGACGUUCCUCGUGAACGCCUGUGGCAGCUAAUUAACGUCAAUGUGGCAGCAGCAACUAUGAUGACGCACAUGAUUCUUCCUCAAAUGGUACAAAGACGGAAAGGUGCUGUUGUCAUGGUAUCAUCUGGUGCCUGCUCACAGAUCACUCCUCAGAUGACAGUGUAUGCUGCUACCAAGAGUUUUCUCGACUAUUUUGCUCGAUCUCUAAACUAUGAGUACAAAGACAAAGGCAUCAUCGUUCAGUCCCUGAUGCCAUUUUAUGUUGCGACGAGAAUGACACGUUACAGCGAGACUUUGUCCAACACCAACCUCUUUAUUCCCACGGCGUCCGUGUAUGCACGUAACGCCAUCAAGACCUUGGGAUACACGGCACGGACAUCAGGCUACUUGCCGCAUGCCUUUCAGUCCUGGCUGUGCAACCUCAUCCCAGAGUGGCAAUGGAUGUGGGGUGCAUCCCGUCUCAACACUGCACUUCGAGAACAAGCUCUUCGCCGCGGCCCCCUGCACUUACAUGAGAGUCCUAGUGACCAAUCGCUGGACAGCAGCACUCCAACAUGAUGUCACUCCUUGACAAGGUCAAGGUCGAAUGUCAGUGCCAGAUGGAGCUGCUGCAAACUUUUGUGUCUAGGUCGUGAUGAUGAAUGAAUGAACAAAUGAAGUAUAUUUGAAUAACAAUUGGUUUCCUGCUUUGGUUUGUUUUCUUGAGAUGUUUUAUUGUGUGAUAUCGGUUAUUGAUAUCAGUGGCAAUGACUUAUUUUACUGUAAACCCCUAUAUGUUUCACUGUCAGUAUAACUCCAGUGAGUUUCAAUCCAAGAAUUGCUCAUAAUCCUUGGUCAGUGCAUACACAAUGACGAUUGUUGGUCUCAGGUUCCAGUAAAGUGGAGAGUAUCUAUGACCCCCUCUAUUUUGGGAGGUACUUCCACAUGGUAGUUCUACCCCAUCUCCCCACACCUACGCCUCUCAGCAUGUGAAGAUUUGGUUUAGAAUUGGUCUUCAGCAACCCAUGUUUGUUACGGGAGGGGACUAGUACAAUCGCAUGGUCAGGCUCGUAUUCACCCAAAUCGUACCAUCGUACCCAAUUUUCACAGAUACAUGUUUAUGAUGUCAAUCAUUGUAUUGUUCCAGACUCAAUUAUUUACAGACCACCAUCAUACAGCAUUAUAGGUGG